AGCCGUUUGUUUCUCUCUCUCUAUCUCUCCCCUCUCUCUCCUCCGGCGAACGCAGACGCAGAGACGACGGUUCUCGGCCUCUAUUGCGGCGGAUCUCCGCUCUCCAUAACUCGCUUGCUUCCUUUGAACCUCCUUCAGGUCUAGGAGAAACUUGUGGUGAACCAAACUCGAUUCAAAAAAGAUGCAGAAUAACGAAGCUUCUGCUGCAAUGGAAGUUGAAGCAGUUCCAUCUGUGGCCAGAACUUUGCCACCGAAACCGAAGUUCAAGCCUCUAAAGGCUCACGAGAUGUCAGACGGCCAAGUUCAGUUCCGGAAGGUCUCAGUCCCGCCGCACCGCUACUCGCCCCUGAAGAAGGCUUGGAUGGACAUCUACACGCCGGUGUAUGAGCAGAUGAAGAUCGACAUCCGCAUGAACCUCAAGGCUCGUAAGGUGGAGCUGAAAACAAGACAGGACACACCCGACAUCAGUAACUUGCAGAAGUGCGCAGAUUUUCUGCACGCCUUCAUGCUCGGUUUUGAUUUGGUGGAUGCUAUCGCGCUUUUGCGGUUGGAUGAGCUCUACGUUGAGUCUUUCGAGAUCAAGGACGUCAAGACGCUUCGAGGAGAGCAUUUGUCCCGCGCCAUUGGAAGAUUGUCGGGUAAAGGGGGUAAAACUAAGUUUGCAAUUGAGAAUGCUACAAAGACAAGAAUAGUGAUUGCUGAUACAAAGAUUCACAUAUUGGGUUCUUUUGCGAAUAUUAAGGUUGCAAGGGAUUCACUUUGCAACCUAAUUCUAGGUUCCCCUGCUGGGAAGGUGUACUCGAAACUAAGAGCAGUUACUGCUAGAUUGGCCGAGAGAUUUUGAUUUGAUUCCUCUUUUUUUUUUUUUAUAUAUAUGUUGUGGGUUUUAUUCCCGAGUGAUGGAAUUUUGGCAUGAAAAUUUUGGGUGAAAACUUCAUUGUUUGAGAGAUUGAUGUUGUAGUGAUUUUAACUUUUAUAUUUAUAUAUAUGCUUCUUGCUUCCU